GAUCACCGGGGCGGCCAUGGAUCCGGGCGGGACGAUGCUACUGGAGGACUUCAGGCAGCGGGUGUACCUGACGCGCCGCAUCCGCGGGGUGAUGGCCAACUACCCGGAGGGCACCACCGCGCUGCGGGAGCUCAUCCAGAACACCGACGACGCCGGGGCCUCGCGGGUCCGCCUCUGCCUCGACCGCCAGGCCCACAGGGCCCGCUCGCUGCUCGCCCCGGCCCUCGUGCAGUGGCAGGGCCCCGCCCUGCUCGCCCACAACGACGCCGCCUUCACCGAUGACGACUUCGCCAGUAUCUCCCGCAUCGGCGGCAGCAAGAAGGCCUCCCAGGCCUGGAAGACCGGCCGCUUCGGGUCUGUCAUUCAAGUUCGCAAUGGGUUUACAUUUCUUGACCUUAUUGUGAUUCAGAUUGAGUCCCUGAACAAGAAGUAUGGAUGAAGUGUUCCUUUGCUUCUAAUGAACUCUUUCAACACUCAUGAUGACACACAGAAGAUUGUUGAGAAGUACUCCAACUCCAACAUUGAAAUUCACACUUUCAACCAGGGCCAAUACCAUCGCAUUGUCUCUGUUAGUGUGAACGCUGAGCGCUGGAUCGUGUGUGUGCUGCAGAUCUCGACGCCAUGAAGGCCCUGCAUGACAAGCUCAUGGUGCUCAAGCUCAACGGAGGCCUCGGCACCACCAUGGGCUGCACCGGCCCCAAGUGAGCACCCCA